ACUUAAUGCACCUAUUGCACAUUAUUGCGGGUCAUAUCGCAUAUAGACUAUGAAACAGGAAAGUUUAGUCUUUCCAUGUGGUAUCUAUUGGUCCCAUCACUCUUGUUGUUAAUAACUGAAAGUUCAAAGUCACAACUUGGGAUUUGUCACACUUUCUGAUGAUCAUCUAAUUGUGUGCUGUAAUUAUCAAUGCCCUCGUCCCUACAUCUUGUUGAUGUAGAAACACUUCAAAAUUUGUGUGAACUUGGUACUAUUGUAUCAGCCUGUACUAUUAGAUAGUUAUGUUGUUCGUUGAAUUCUGGACCUGAUACAUUCUUACCAAUUUAGAUUUGGUCGGUCAACAAUUAGGAGUAGCUGGAUAACAACAACAAUAUUACUUCGCAACUGAUUAGAUAAAAGUAUAAAAUGGUAGCUCAUUGGUUACGGCGUUUGACUUUCAUGCACUUAGUCGCAGGUUCGGGCCCCGAUUUACUGACUUCUGUCUGGGGUACCGGAUAGGAUAACUGCUCUUCACAUUUAAAGCGUGGUUUGGACACAAGAACACAUUUUUAGUCAAUAGUAAUGGUAACAAAGUAAAAACAUAAGUUGCUCUAAGCUUUAUCGAUAGAGCUAUAGAAAAUCUAACAGGUUCAUUAGUGUCAUUCUUGGCUUUCGCUUUAAGAUUCCUAACCUUGCUCGAUGUCUGGCUCAAUUAUUAUGUUUGUGAAUUAUGGAUUACAGUUAUUUGCAAUGCGUGCACAUAUAGUAUUUUAGUUUAGUGAUUUAUCAACUUUUCCUACCUCCAUCAGAUACUACUUCACGUUUAAAACGUAACUUUAUGCCUGCUAAAAUGCCUUUUCUUUGCAGAAAAUUGCGUUUUUGUCUUCCUUCUGGGAAACAAAUGAACGAAUCCUUAGCUAAUGGGAUUAUCAAACCUAUGAUUUGUGGUUUAUGUAGGAAAACGUCUUCAUAUAUCUGUCCUCGAUGUGGUAUUAAUUAUUGUUCACUGACUUGCUAUCGAAAUGAAGCGCAUAAGGACUGCUCUGAAUCAUUUUACCGAGAUUGUUGUAUUGAAUCACUGCGUUGUACCUUUUCUAAGAAGUCAGAAAGAUCGCAUAUGAAAGAAGUGUUAAGACGUGAAUCAUGUGCUUUAUCAGAUGACUUCCAGUUAGCAAAUAUGAGAUUUCAGGUAGACAAUGAUUAUACAGGUGAUAAGAAUGAGAGUAUUGAAGAUGAUUUGCAAACCCGUUUAGGUGAUUUAAAUUUGGAAAUUGAGGAUGCUGAUGUCAUCUGGUCACGUUUGACCCUGAAAGAAAAACGAGAUUUCAGCCGGCUUAUUCAGUCAAAUGCUAUCGUUCAUUUCAUACCAACAUGGACUCCCUGGUGGUUAGAGAAAAAACCAAUUAUUGUAGAAGUAAAUCAACAGAAUGUUUCAGUGGAAAAAUCGCGAACCUCACCUAGUAUUCAAUCGUUAAGUCAACUUUUACCAUCCGGAAUAUCACCCCACCCUUCAGUUGGGUAUAUUUUAGCAGAUGUAUUAUUGGGAUAUGCUUUUGUUAUGAGAUUUUUUAAUGGUGACUACAUGGACUUAAUCGAUGAUGCAGGGACUCUUCUGUGCAAUAUAGUCUUAUCAUUCACGAAAUCUCAGACUACUUCAGUCUCAUCACUGAACACUACUACUUCUACUAAUAAUGAUUCAUCAGAUUAUUUAAAGAAAACAAGAAUAGUUAAAAGACAGAUUGGAAAUAAUCCAACUCAUCAAAUAUAUAACUGUAUAAAUGAAAUUCUUGCCGCAAUUCAAUAUAAACUUAUGGAACUAAAUUUACCUUGUCAUCCUUCAAUUAUGAUACUAUUGCUUGAAGAUCUUAGUCAUUUAUUAGAUAAUAUUGGAUUUUGUAAUAAAGCACUGCAUGACGUGCAUAAAUUAAUAGUGAAUUUCAGGAAAGCUCUACGUGCUGUAAAUUCAAAUGAAAAUUUACUAUUAAGAGCAAAUAUUGCUCAUCAUAAAUUAGUCUUUCUUCAAGCUUGCCUUGAUGGGAACAAUCAAUUGGCUAAACGUUGGCAAACAAAUGUUUUACCAAAAUUAUGGAAUCAAAUAUCAAAUGAAUUAAUGCAACGAAUUAAUGAUAUUAAAAACUCAAAUACAGAUAAACGUGAUGAAAAAUCUGCUGGUCCAAAUUGGCGCAAUAUUAUUCGAGAUGGAAAUAUUUACAAAAGUUCUUAUUGUCGUACGUUAGUCGAGUCACUUGAUACUAAUAGCUAA